AUGUCCCCCACUACGCCUAUGACCGGGACCGCCCUCCUCCCCUCGGCCCUCCCCGCCUCCCUCGGAGCCGCCUCCCCCUCCGGACCCUCGUCGACGACGCUCGAGGUCUUCCACUCCAUCGUCAAGGGCCGCAAGUCGUGGAAGACCCUCCGCGGCAACGGCGAGGCCGUCUGGCCCCCCGAGCUCGAGGCCGCGCUCCUCGAGGGCCUCGAGUCCUACCAGCCCGACGACAGCAGAGAGACACGCCUCCUCGGACGCUUCCCGAUGCGGAAUCGGUACAUCAGCGAUUAUAUCUGGAAGGUCACGGGCAAGCGGCGGACGGCGAAGCAGGUGGGCAGCCGGCUGCAGCAGCUGCGGGAUACGUGUGGCGGGAAGCGAUUGCUGGCGCUGUUGAGCCCGUGCAAGCGGCAAGUACCCGCACACCGAUCGACGCCUGCCCUCAUGCGCGAGCAACAGCGCGGAGGCGCCCUUGACUGCCCUUCCCCCCUCGACGACGUCUCCUCUUCACCCUUCUCCUCCGCUUCUCCUUCCACUAGCCCCUCGUCUUCGACCACGUCGCCGCUCGUGAUCUGCAUCGACCUCCUCCCGCCCUCCUCGCCCCUGCCCUCGCCCGCGCCCGCCUCGUCGCCGGUGCAGGACAGCACGGGCACCUUCCACGCCGCGCAGCCGCGCCCCAUCAAGAGCAUCGACCCCACCGUCACCUUCCUCUCCCAGCACCACAUCGACGCCACGUCGCACUACACCGUCUACCAGACCCAGACCCAGACCCAGCAGCACCACGGACUCCACGGCCACGGCCACGCCGAGAACGCGGUCGUGUUCUCGGAGAGCACGCCCCUCGUCCUCGUGCCGAAUGCGCUGCCCGCCGCUGACGGCGAGACGCUCGUCUACUCCACGGCGCUCGUCCCCGGCUUCUGGAGCGAGAUCGCUGAUGCGCACGACCCGACGCACUACACGAUCCACCAGGAAAUCAUCAAGCACGUUCCCGCCUCCGCCUCCGCGCCCACCUCCCCCACCUCCGCCUCCCCCUCGUCGCUCUCGUCGCUCGCAUCCCCCACCUCCCCCGCAUCCCCCUCCGCCCCCGCGCAGCCACAGGCCUCGCAGGUGCUCAUGUUCGCCGCGAUCUACAAGUUCAAAUUCGCCGAGCCCGCGGCGCACUUCUCCUUGGGCAUGGGCUUGGGCGUAGGCAUGGGCAUGGGCCUCUACGACGAGCGCCCCUCCACCUCCUCGUCCUCCGCGUCCCUCGACUCCCUCGACUCCAUGGAUUCGAUGGACUCGAUGGACUCGUUCGCAUCCUUCACCACCGACGCGACGCACUCCACGACGCCCACGUCCACGAGCUCCUCGCCCACCGUGCACCCGCGCUCCCUCGCCUCCCCCUCCUCCCCCACCUCCCCCUCCUCACCUACCUCCCCCUCUUCACGCACCUCCCACCCAUCGACCCCGUCCCCCGCAUCCCGCACACACGCACACACCAGCACCAGCAAGAUCUCCCUCCCCCUCCCCCCAUCCCUCUCGCUCUCCCUCCCCCUCUCGCCCUCCUCCGCCAAUGAGCAUCAGCACCAGCACCUGAGCCCCGCGAGCCCGCCCCCGACGGCCUCGACGCCCGGCGACGACGCGUUCGACUACUUCCUCCCCGUCGACAUCGACGUCGCGCAGUUCGUCGCGGACCCGUUCUCGGCGGCGCAGCACGCCUCGUAUGGCCUCGGCGGCAUGGCCUCGGCGGGAUGA